UUAAGCCUAACCACAAAAGGUCACACUGUACACUGACAAUAUUGGCGUUCCAAAAAGCGACAACAACAAAACACAGCUUGGUCAUUUUCCUUGGCUGGAGCGUUUAAACACAAAUUAGCACGUGUCCACCGGGCCACCGGGCUGGCAAAAGAUGGCCAACGGGCGCUACGGCAGAUUUGGAGCACUCAUCGGCGUCGCCUGCGUGAGCAGCACGCACUGCCGCUUUCUGAUUUACUCAACUAAAAAUGCUGAGGUUCUGGCCUACCAUGAGCUCAAGCUGCGCCAGAUUGUCCACCAGUCAGGCUGGAUGGAAUACGAUCCUGUCGAGAUAUGGAAGAACACGCAGGAGUGCAUAGAGACCGCCUAUAAGAACCUGGUGAUACUUGAAAUCAAUCCACAUGAUAUUAUUGCAAUGGGCAUCGUAAAUCAACGCGGCACAUCGGUGCUGUGGAAUAAGCAGACGGGUCAGCCUCUGCACAAUGCUAUCGGCUGGUCCGAUUGUCGCAGCACGCCGAUCUUGAAGACCCUGCUCCACAAUGUCCGGCACAAUGUGGACUAUGUGAGGUACCGCAGUGGCUUGCCUCUCAGCAGCUGCUUCAGUGCUCUUAAGAUCCGUUGGCUGAUGGAUCAUGUUCCUUCUGUAGCCAGUGCCAUUGAGGAGAAUAAGUGCCUAUUUGGCACCCUGGAUUCCUGGCUGUUGUGGAACCUCACCGGCGGCGUGGAGACAGGAGUGCAUUCCACGGAUCUUACCAACGCUCAUUUCACCUCACUCAUGAACCUCUCUACGCAGCAAUGGGACCCCAAGCUCUGCCAGUUCUUCCGACUGCCCAUAAAUAUACUGCCUCGCAUACGUUCCAACUCCGAGAUAUUCGGCUAUGUUCUAGAAGGUCCUUUGCUGGGAAUUCCCAUAGCGGGCAUGAUGGGAGAGCAACCGGCCAGUUUGCUGGGUCAACUCUGUGUGAAGGCCGGACAGAAUGUGUGCACCCUGGAUGACAGCUGUUUUGUGCUGCUUAACACAGCCAAGGAAAGAUUGGAUUCGGCAAACGGACUGAUAACGGGCAUUGCGCACAAGCUGGGUGAGAAGGAGGCCACCAAUUAUACCCUCGAGGGGGCUAUUUCCAAUGCGGGAUCUACGGUGACCUGGCUGCGAGAUAAGCUGCAGAUUAACACUGAGAUUAAUUCCAACGAUAAUGUGGUGGAGUCCCUGAACACAUUCAUCGGCGAAAACUCCAUGAUCUCGUCCUCCUGUUCCUCAUCCAUGCUGAAUGCCGAGUGUGGACUUGCGGCCAAAAGAUCAGAGAUCACCUUCGUUCCCGCAUUUCAUGGAAUGUAUGCUCCUUACUGGCGACAUGAUGCUAGGGGCAUUAUAUUGGGUCUCACUAGUCAAACCACAGCGGAAAAUAUAACACAAGCGGCGUACGAGGCUACCGGAUUCCAGAUAUUUGAGGUUUUGCAGGCUUUUAAGCGAGACACACCCAACUGGGACCGCUCCUGCAUGCAGCCUGUGCUCACGUUUGGCGGUGAUUACGCCGAGAACUCGCAUUUAGUGCAGUUCAUCGCGGACAUAAUUGGCUACAUGCUUGAGCGGCCGCAGACUACCUCGCCUGCCGGUUUGGGUGUUAUGAUAGCCGCGGGCGUGACGAUGAAAGUGGUGUCCCUGCAGUACGCUGUGAAAAUGUACGCCCCGCCCACGGAUGUCUUUUCGCCCACAACCACAAAGAAUCGUCGAGAACUUCUUUAUAAACGUUGGGAUUAUGCGGUGAAGAGAUGCCUGCAUUGGAAUAACUACGAGACUUAUGAGGCCGAUGUCGAGCUGUUUGCUCAACGAGAACUUGAUCCCAAUUUACCCGUUCGGCGUUCUAUACCCGGUAGUUUGUUCCUGACGACAUCGUUUGCCCUUGUUCUGCUGGCCAACUUUCUGAAGAACAAUCCUCUGAAAUAGUAGCAGUCGAGUUAGAGAACAGCGGCAGUUCAAUCUAGUCAACUGAACACGUUCAAGUGUGUGCAUUAAAAUUUAUUGUUUAGUUUAGCGUAUAAUCUUAUAUAGUUGCAUUGAUAUGUAUAUAUAAUUCUUUUAGUUUUUUGCCCGAGUUGUAGAUCAAAAUAUUUGUGAUUCAUCUAUAUACACCACUAUAUAUACACAUGUUUUUGUAAA